AUGCUUAAGGUAAUAGGCUUUUUAUUAUUACUUCAUUCAGCCAUUUCAUUAAUUAGAUACAGAAAACAUUUAAUUUACAAGGACAUGGCUGAUCAAUACCAUAUACCUUUAGAUGUAUCAAUUUUUAAAAAGGUUUAUAGAUUUUAUUAGAAAUAAUUGUUGGAUUUGCAUUGAACAUGUUUUUUGGAGUUAUUUUAGAUAAGAAAUUUGUUAAUAUUCAUCAAUUUCCUCAUAAGAAAACGUAAUCUUAUAAAUUCUAUAUCAUAGUUAUGAUUAAGCAUUAUAAAGACCUAAUUUCAAAUAACCUGGUGGUAGAGGUGGAGUCUUUUAAUCUGUUGUAAAAGAUAAAAUAGGAAAUUUUGAUAUAAAUAAUUGAUAAAGU